UUUCCCUCGUUAUUGUUGAAAUCACACAUUUUUUCCUUUCUAUUCGUAUUUUGUAGAAUAAAAAAAUUCCAGUUUUCCUCAUGGAAGCAAUCUUUUCACUUUCGCUUCAAUUAAAGAAUAAAGAAAAAUUCGCUUCAAUUUUCGCCUAAUACGACCUUCCCUCCUUAUUUUCAAGCUCAUUCGUUUGUAUCUUAUCGAGAUUGCCGCCAGUUCUCGCAGGUUGUCUCUCUGUAGGAAUUCGACCUUCAAAGGUUGCUGAAAGGAUUGCGAUUGUCGAACGCCACCGUGAAGGUUCGGAAAUGUCGGAGACUAAUAGUGAUAGACACAGACGCAGAGACAGCGAUUCAGCUUUUUAUAUGUUUACUCAGCAAAGGCUUCCGGCCUGCAAACCUGUCCUUACGCCACCAUGGGUCAUUACGAUAUAUUUUCUUAUAGGUUUCAUUUUCGUUCCCAUUGGCCUUUUUACUCUGCGAGCUUCUCAUAGUGUUGUUGAAAUUGACGAACGGUAUGACAUAGAAUGUGUACCCACACAAUAUAGAGUUGAUAAGGUUUCGUAUAUCCAGAAUGACUCGAUUCCCAAGAAUUGUUCUCUUCUCUUCAAGGUGGACAAGUACAUGAAAGCUCCUAUUCACAUUUACUAUCAGCUUGAUAACUAUUAUCAGAACCAUCGAAGGUACGUCAGAAGCAGAAGUGAUCAGCAACUCUUACAUGGACGGAACUCUCAUGGCACAAGUUCCUGUCAACCUGUAGAGUCGAGCAAUAAUCAGCCUAUAGUUCCUUGUGGGUUGAUAGCAUGGAGUUUAUUUAACGAUACAUUUACAUUUAAUCGUGGUAAAGAAAAACUCAAGAUCAACAGGACAAACAUUGCCUGGAAAAGCGACCGGGAUCACAAGUUUGGAAAGAAUGUAUACCCUUUCAAUUUCCAAAAUGGCACUUGGAUUGGUGGUGGAAAGCUGAACCCGAGAAUUCCGCUAAGCGAUCAGGAGGAUCUUAUCGUAUGGAUGCGUAUAUCUGCGCUCCCUAGCUUCCGAAAAUUGUAUGGGAGAAUUGAAGAGGAUUUAGAUGUGGGUGAUUAUGUAGUUGUCCAGCUAAUGAACAACUACAACACUUACAGUUUUGGAGGUAAAAAGAAGCUUGUUCUUUCAACAUCAAACUGGUUGGGGGGAAAGAACGACUUCCUUGGUCUUGCGUACGUCUUUGUCGGUUCUUCUUCGCUUACCGUUGCCAUUGUUUUCAUGCUCCUACAUCUACGUUCUCCGAGGUCUUAAUGUAGACACGAGUUAUUUACCAUGGACCAGGAAAAACCUUUCCGGGUGAUUCAACCGAUGAAAUUCCGUCUGACAUUUUAAGCUCCAAAUCGGUGAGUGAUUUCGAACUGUAAUCCGUAACAGGGUUAGGUUAUUCCGGUUCUGAAUUAACGAACUUGUUAUACAUGU